AUGGGUCCUGACAGUUACAAUAUUGGUAGUCUUGUUACUUUGGAUAUAAGCAGUAAUUAUAUGUGUGGAACAAUUCCACUUGGUUUUAGCGAACUACCAAAUUUGCAGUUUUUAUAUCUGGGAGACAAUUUUCUCUCACAAAGUUGUCAUCAAUUGUCUAGGGGACGAUGGGAGAAGAUAGACGUCCUUGACUUCGGAUGGAAUAAUCUGCAUGGGAAACUUCCUGCCUCGAUUGGAAACCUGACAUUUCUCAGUCACUUAGAUCUUAAUUGCAAUAGUGUUGACGGUGGGAUUCCAAGCUCUAUUGGAAAACUUUGCAAUUUGAUUUCCUUAUAUAUGUCUGCUUCCUUCGGAUCACUCCAAAAUCGUUAUGGGAGGCCACUACCAAAUCCGCAAUACUUGUACUUGUCAGACAAUCAAUUGGUUGGUAAACUACCAAAGUUGUUAGCUCAGCUCGAGAAUCUUCUUGAGCUUGACUUGUUCAAUAACUCUCUAUAUGGUCCCAUCCCAACUUCUUUUGGAAUAUUACAGCAAAAUCUUACUAUUCAGCUUCUAGGAGAGAAUGAGGUAAAUGGGACCCUCCCUGAAAGUUUGGAACAGCUUUCUGAGUUGCAUAUCUUUGAUGUUUCAUCCAAUCAAUUGACAGGUGCAAUAGUUGAUUUCAGCUCAAAUAAUUUCAGUGGGUCCAUUCCUAUUCUAAGUGGCAACUUUGACUUACUUGAUAUAUCCAAAGAUAAAUUUUUUGGUAAUAUUUCAAAUAAAUGGAAUAUCACCGAUGCUACGUUUUCUUUCCUUUCUGUUGCUGAGGACCAAUUAAAUGGAGAAAUCCCUGCUUGGAACAUUGUUCCUACACUUAAAGUCAUUGAUCUUUCCAAUAACAACUUAAUAGGAAGUAUUCCAUCAAGCAUUGGAAAUUGUGUUCAUCUUUCUCUCCCAUCAUCUUUGCAAAACUUAUCGAGUUUGGAGACCCUAAAUCUUGGAAACAACAGAUUAAAUGGUAGAAUUCCACCAUUGAUCGGGAAAGGAUUUGAAAGUCUAAGAAUUCUUAUCUUGAGGUCUAAUUCAUUUUUAGGAGAACUUCUGGCUCUGUUAUCAAAUUUAAGUUCACUACAAGUCCUGGAUCUAGCAGAAAAUCAGUUGACAGGUAGUAUUCCAGCUAGCUUUGGACAUUUCAAAGGCCAACUUCAAAGAUACACCAAGACCCUCUCUCUUGUAACCAUGCUAGACCUUUCAGGGAAUAACUUGAGUGGAGAUCUUCCUACAGAGAUGACAAAUUUGUUUGGUUUGGUCAUUCUCAACUUGUCAAGAAACCAUUUCACUUGUCACAUUCCUAAAAGCAUUUCAAAGCUGAAGCAAUUGUCUUCUCUUGAUCUGUUGGAUUUUAGAACAAAAAACACAGCAAAAACGAAAGAGACAGGAGCUUAA